CUUAUCUGCCGGCCGGGGCGCGGGGCGCGGGCUGCGGGCGCUGCGCUCCGGGGUCGGCCGCUGCACCUGCCCGACCCCCACGGCCCUCGCGGACUCGCGCCUCCGGGCCCCGCCGCCAGCCCCGCGCGCCCCAAGGAGCCACCGCCGCGCCCCGGCCGGGAUGGGCCGCGGCCUCGGGCCCCUGCGCGCCCCGUGAGCCGGGCCGAGGCCGCCGCGCCCCGGCAGCCCGCCCAGCUCGCGGCCGCGGGAACGGCUCGGACAUGGCCCGGAGCGCGGGCGCGCUGCCCGCCGGCGCCCUGCGCCCGGCCGCGGCCCGGGGACUGCCCCGCGCUUGAUGGACCUUGACCCGCGCCGCCGCGCCGCGUCCGUGCUGAGCCGCGACUAGCCGGGCGGGGACGCGCCGCGGGCGCGCCGGGCCGGGCCCUGCUGCCAUGAAGAUGGUCCUGGUGCGGCGGUUCCGCGUGCUCAUCCUCAUGGUGUUCCUGGUGGCCUGCGCGUUGCACAUUGUGCUGGACCUACUGCCCAAGCUGGAGCGGCGCAGCGCGCCGCCCUUAGGGGAACCCGGCUGCUCCUGCACGCGGCCUGCGGGGGGCCGCCCCGCCGAGAGCCCCGCGGCGGCGUCCGCCACCGGCGACUCGGGCUGGCCCAAGAAGCACACGCUGCGCAUCCUGCAGGACUUCAGCUCCGAUCCUGCCUCCAACCUCACGUCCCACUCGCUGGAGAAGCUGCCCCCCGGGACCGACGCUGCCGAGAGCCCCGGAGCCCCCAGACCCCGACACCCGGUGCACAGGCCGCUUCUGCGGGCGCCCGGGCCGGGGCGGCUCCCGCAGCCCUCCGAGCCCCGCUGGGGCGGCUCCCUCCUGGCUCGGCUGUUUGAGCACCCCCUGUACCAGGUGGCAGUUCCCCCCAUAACGGAGGACGAUGUCCUGUUCGACGUGAACAGCACCCUCAGGGUCCUCCCCAAGGGGGCUGUGGACAGCCCAGACUGGCCUCACGAUGGGACCGAGGACGAGGGGCUCCUGCCCACCCGAGGGUUGGCAGAGGAUGCCUACCCAAACUGGCUCAAGUUCCACGUGGGCAUCAACCGCUAUGAGCUGUACUCGAGGCACAACCCGGCCAUUGGGGCGCUGCUGCGGGACCUGGGCGCCCAGAGGAUCACCAGUGUCGCCAUGAAGUCGGGGGGAACGCAGCUCAAGCUCAUCAUGACAUUCCAGAAUUUCGGGCAAGCGCUGUUCAAACCCAUGAAACAGACGCGGGAGCAGGAGACACCCCCAGACUUCUUUUAUUUCUCUGACUACGAGAGGCACAAUGCAGAGAUCGCUGCCUUCCACCUGGACAGGAUCCUGGACUUCCGCCGGGUCCCUCCUGUGGCUGGCAGGAUGGUCAACAUGACUAAGGAGAUCCGGGACGUCACAAGGGACAAGAAAUUGUGGAGAACCUUCUUCAUCUCCCCAGCCAACAACAUCUGCUUCUACGGGGAGUGUUCAUACUACUGCUCCACGGAGCACGCCCUCUGCGGGAAGCCCGACCAGAUCGAGGGCUCGCUGGCCGCCUUUCUGCCGGACCUGUCAAUAGCCAAGAGGAAGACCUGGCGCAACCCCUGGCGUCGCUCCUACCACAAGCGCAAGAAGGCAGAGUGGGAAGUGGACCCCGACUACUGUCAGGAGGUGAAGCAGACACCCCCGUACGACAGGACCCACCGUGUGCUAGACAUCAUGGACAUGACCAUCUUUGACUUCCUCAUGGGCAACAUGGACCGGCACCAUUAUGAGACCUUUGAGAAGUUUGGGAACGAGACCUUCAUCAUCCACCUGGACAAUGGCCGAGGGUUCGGGAAAUACUCUCACGACGAGCUGUCCAUCCUGGCACCCCUCCAGCAGUGCUGCAGGAUCAGGAAGUCCACACACCUGCGGCUGCAGCUGCUGGCCAAGGAGGAGUACAAGCUGAGUCUGCUGAUGGCCGAGUCCCUGCGGGAGGACCGUGUGGCCCCCAUCCUGUACUGGCCCCACCUGGAGGCACUGGACCGUCGGCUCCGCAUCGUGCUGCAGGUCAUCCAGGACUGUGUGGAGAAGGACGGGCUGGGCAGCGUGGUGCAGGAUGACCUGCGUCCCCAGCACAGUGCUCCCGCCCAGAGGUAGUGACCGCCCCACCGGCCUGCCCCCAUAUGGGCUCAGCUUACAGGGACGUGGCCACACCACAUGCGGGGCACCCAUGGCGGAGGCUGGGGCAGGCUGGUGGUCUUCGAGGCCAGAAGAGUCGGAGAACACCGGUGCUUGGCUGGGCAGCCUGGCAGGGGACGCCAGUGGCUGAGAGGACACCUUCACCUGCUCUGCAUCAUUCACGGCAGGCACGUCUGGGAGGGGCCGCCCACUGUGUCUCCUUUCCAGCUGAGGCCCGCAGGAGGCCCCUGCUGGUGGUGGGGGGGCCCAGGCCCCUGCAGUGGUCAAGGCAGCAUGAGUGGCGCAGUGCCCUGUGGGCCGCACUGCCCUGCCCUGCUGAGCAGCAGACGCCCCAGCAGUGCCAGAGACAGAAUCGUCUGCAGUGUGGUGACCGUGCAAUAAAGAUUCCGCAAGCUCAUGUGGUUCCCUGGGUGGGGCCACACAGGGGCUCCGGACAGAGGCCAGCAGAAGCAGGCAGGGUCCACGCCAGGACCCCGGCAGCCCGAGUGUGUGGGCAGACACUAGCCUGCCGUGCGCCAGCGCGUCCUCUGACGAGCAGACGGCCCCAGCUCUCCAACCACCGUACCCCACCACCCGCAGACACAAACCCACACCACCGGCUCCCCACACCCACUGAGCCCUGGGCCGGGCCGCCCCGGACAGUGCUCUUCUCCCGGGCUCUCUGUCCAUGCAAAUCUGACUAUGUUUUUAUGUCUCUUCACCCCACACGGCCUCUUCCACUGAGCGGUGGCCUGGAGCCCGGCAGGCUGGUCCUGCCCCGUGGAGGCAGCCGUGUCUGACCGCCGUGUCCUCUGAAAUUCUGUGUGUCCAGGGACAGAGGGUCUGACUGUGCCAUGAGGUGGGGUGCCAUAGGCUCUCCUGCCCCGUCUGGAGGUACCUCGCCCUUAGGGUGCUCUUGGGGAUCUGCGUGGCUGAGGUUGUGACCUUGCUGGUCCCUGGCUACUUAUCCCUGUGUCCUGUGUCUCUAUUUUGUCUGUCGCGCUGACUUUAUUGGAACUUAUUCCCUGUGCUGGAGGACACACCCUAUUCUCUUUUCCUUUAGAGCUGUAGAACCCAUCAGUGGUGUUCUGUUUAUUCACUGGACAGAAGCAGGGUGCACCAUUUUGACCAAUUUCCUCCAGUCCCCGACAAACCCCUCUUCAUUUUUUCCAAAAUAGCAACACAAUGAGAAACGCAUUUGUACUUGUAUAGAAAUGACAUAUUAGCCACACACAAAAAGAUUGGGUGGCUGUAUUAUAGAAAUGAAGGGAAACCAGAAUAAAGACCUAAGAAGAAAGAAAGUCAGCUCUUGCAGUGAGCUAGAGCACUAUUAGGGAUUCAGGUAUUGUACCAGCAAAAGUAAAACAUUUCUACCUGGAUCUUUGAAAUUUCAAAGUAAUCACAAUAAAGACCUGAGGUUAUCAGGGGCCACAGUA